AUGCCGUUCAACCAGAGCCCUAGCAAAGCACAAUCAGUUCUUGGUGUGUCCAGCCCUGAAUUCGAUGGAUGGAUCGAUCUGACCCCUGCAGAUUUCACUCGUCAUCUGCAACGCGUUCUCAGCAAAGAUGCGAACCUCUCCUCCCAGACAAUCUCUGAUAUCCUCUCCUAUAUCCAAGCUUUACCCCUCCCUCGCAGAGAUGUCACACCGAGUCAGCGUAUCGAGUUUGAUCGAAUUGGGGUGGCCUUGUGGAAUACGUGUUGCAAACUGGGCAAGAGCGAUGAGCGAGCACAGGAUGUCAAGGGCCUGGCCACGAUACGUGCGUUCUCAUAUUUUCUCGUCGAAAGCGCAGCGAGCUCGAAGGGCAAAAGUAUCAUCAGAGUCGUUAAACAUGCUCUCAAAGCCUCAAAAACCUGUCUCAAUGCCGGGUUACACGACCUCGGCUCACGAAUCGUUGAACAACUGGCCUCGAAACAGGAAGACUUGACCCAAAUCAAUCAAGAGCACGGCUGCGACAAAGAACACUUGAUAAACAGCCUACGGUGGGAGUAUCUGUUACUACGCAUUGUACUGGGCUGGAAACAAGGCCGCCUGGAGCUAGCGGACCAUUUCUAUGCACAGCUUUGUGACGCUCAGGCAGAAGUCGGACCUGAGAUCGUCGCCAAACUCAUCGACUUAUGCUAUGAGAUUGGAAAUGACCACCUCGGCCGCAAUCAGAGCGAUGUUGCUGCAAAAUGGCUCGAAAGAGGCUGCCAAUUGUCCGAUCAGUCUGGUGCGAGCGGAGAUACGGACGUGCAUGAACUGAGGCUCACUCUGCUCCAUACUUAUGUCAGAGCACUUCUCUCUCUUCCCGGUGCUGAAGCCCGCGAGGAGUCUUGCAAGGCUAUGCAGACUUUGCGUGAUGGAUUCGGUCAGAAAUUAUGUGUCAUUGUGCUUCAGCUGGAAGUCUACAAACGAGACACCUCUCCAGAUGUCGAGGCUUACUGCCACGAACUCAUGAAGUUGAUACGGACCACGCAUCUCAUCCUAUCGAAUCAUAAGCUGAUCAUGCAUUACAUCCACCACCUGAUAUCGAUAAGCAUCGACCACGCCAUAGAGGCUCUGUUGACCUACAUUACGACAAGACUUGCUCCCGGCGAAGAACCCGCUUGGACAGACAGUGCCAUUGUUACAUUGGUGUGGAUGAUAACACUCUCGCAACCUCAGGAUUCAUCGUCUGUCCAUGACCAUGCCACUUCGCGAUUCAACAAGAUCCAAACAGCCGGGCGAAUGUCUGUAGGACCAGAGGCUGCACGUGCUGCGCUUGUCCUUCUUUGGAGAAAGGUGGAAGAUACUUUCGAGAACGGGCCAAAGGAAGAUAUGAUAAAGUGGGCUCAGGCGACACUGCAUACGCUUUUCAGACAUAUCGAAGAUCAUAAUGCUGCAAAGGUGCAAAGAAAGGCCAUGCAGUGCUACAUGGACCUGUCCGACUUUGAAGGCGCGUCCAAAACAUGGAAUUCUAUACCAUCCAGUCAGAAACAACAUCCUCUAAGUCAAUAUCUCCAUUACUGCCUUGCUCUUCGAAGCGGCGAUGAAGCUGAAGUACGAUCGGCGUUGACCUCACUUGCGGCAGUGCACGAUGAUCGGAAUCGGCUACUCUUUGCUGCGGUAUCUGACGCCUUUCAUCACGGCACCAAAGCCCACGCAGCACAACUACUGCAACGGAUUAUCGACAAAUACGGAGACAAGUUGCCGGCAGAAGUCGAUCCUUAUGCAUUGCUCAGAUGCACAGCUCGCCUGCUAAUCACAGCUAUUGCCGAAAGCGAGAGCAUACCAGAGGAGCUUCUGUCAAGGCUCUGCGGAGUUUUCAAAUCCGCUUCGAAUUUAAGCCAGAAACACGCUGCUGAAAACGAGCAGUAUCUGCAGGAGUUCAAGUGGUUUCGGAAAACGGCUUACAAUUGUGCGGUCCACAAUCACAAGUCCUGGCCAGCAAGAUAUCUCAUUGAUCUUUUGCAGUAUUCUUCUCGGAUCCCGUGUCCGCCAAAUUUGCCUGAAAGCGCGCGGCUAGAGAAGUUGAUACACGAAACGGAUGUCGCUUUCGUCCAGGCGGCACUCUAUACUACUGAAGCAAGGUCCUGCGCUGCUUCUUGGACCAUCGAAGACCUUCCCAGGACCUCUUAUUCCAGCAAGUCACCACCAACAUCUGGGGAAAUCAGGAGGACGUUGUAUCGUAAUGUGUUCGAUAUUUACACGGAGUUCCGACGCCGGCUGAAGCAACUGCAGCGGGACUCGCCGACCAGGGUGGAAGACUCGAGUCAAAAAGUGGCCACCAUAGCCACCCUAGCAUUUGAGGCCGUAUUAUUCGUGACUACUUCUGGUGAAUCACCUGUACAUGACAUGUCCCCGAAUCAGGUUCUGGACGAGGUCAUACAGUUUCAACCAACCAAGAAGACCUAUUCAUGUUUAGCAGACAUGAUCUUGUCUGCCGCCGGUGCUGCUAUAAGGGUUGAUGGUCAGCAAGAACAGGGGCAUACGAGUCCUCAGCUUUCGAUCUCAACAGCAACCCAAUUGCUUGCCAAGCUCAUUCACGGGCUCCGCGUACAGUCCGACUAUGACACAGCACAAGCCUUUCGCUGGAUUCGCUGCGUUGUGCAAGUGGUCCUUGACCGAUGCGGCGCCGACUCGAAGCUUUUGGCGUCUGAAUACGAAAAUGGCUUGACUACAGUCAAAACGAUCACGGAGCAAGCUUUAGCACUGGCGCGGUCAGCAUUGCCUCCUGUCAAGAAUGGUAUUGGCGAAGACCAGAGUCAGCAGGCGUAUCCUCCCGAGGAGCUUGAGUGGCUUGCGACGACGCUGUUCAACCUUUCCAUCGAUUUGUACGUUACCGAAGCGGGAUCUAAUUGUGCACCUGAAGGUCCCGUGGAUCAGGAGCCGAAUGAAGGGGCGCCAAUUAUCAAGAGACCUCAAUUCUGGGCCGUAAAGGCAGUUGAGUUUGCAGACUUACUGGCGGACAGCGCGUUGCUGAAAACGGAUCGCAAAGAAGCAGCAACCGGUGGUGACGGUAGCAUGCUCGCACGACUGCUUCGCGAGCGCUGUCGGAGUAUCGGAUGGGACGUGUAA